AUGCGCUAUCCUGAAGUGGGUGAGAAAGUGAUUGUGGUCUGGGGUUUCAUGAUACUGGGUCUGCUAAAUGUAUGCUGGGCUCUGAAAGGUCCAACUGUAAGACCAAAGCGUGAAAUACGGAAAGAUCACUUGUUAGAGAUACAUAAUAAUGGGUUUAAUAACUGUCAACGAAGAUACAAAGUAGUGGAAAGACAAAACGCCGAAGUUAUGCCACAAGUAAAGAAUAAGUUCUACUUCAGUGGCCAAACAGCUAAAAGCAUCUUUGAAAGAUCAAGCAACGAGUUACAGAAAUUCUUGCUUGACUGUGUACUCAAUCAACCAAAGGAUACACCGGAGAUGCCAUUAGAGUAUUUUGUUAGUGAGCAGAAACCAGUCGAAGAGAUAAAAUCGGGUGACCAAGCCAUAUCGACUGCGCCGCCGCUGAACCAUGUGAAGUUUAAGAUUGAGCAAAUGAUUGAGAGUUGGCGCCUGGAUUUUGAUUUGGCUCUAAUGAAAUAUCAGACUAUUCCUGUUGAUUUCUGUCGGUUAAUUAAUCUGCAGUAUGUAGUGCUGACGUCCAGUAGCUUUGAUGUUGAAAGGAACUUUUUCAGGCAGAAUCAAGAUAGUGGAGAAGACUGUGCCAAUUACACUCUUGUUUGCCAAAAACUGGUUCAGGAACUAAGUAAGUGCACUAACAUUCGUCGAAUUGAAUUCCGGAAAAUGAUUCUCUUCCAGCCACCCGUUUAUUUGAGCUCCUUUCCUAAUCUACGACAAAUUGAUUUUGUUGAUGCGAUCUAUCAAGUAUACACACUAGAGCAUCAGGAGUUACAGGCUAACUAUCGGCAAGAAGAAACCAAUCUUAUUCGGGCUUUAUCACUAAUUAGAGGCUUGGCCAGAAUAAGAUUUGUCAGAUCGGACAUUAAAAUAUACACCCAACUUAACAAAGCUUACGCCUCGCUCGGCGGAGUAGAGAAAGAUCUGGAAGUUAUAUUUGACUCAAUCGAUAUUUAUGUAGUCACUGCUUUCUUCUACUACUACAACAUGCCUUGCAAGCUUAGUGUUAAAGUUCAGAACUGGACCGGUAUCAACUUUGACGAUCCAAAGCAAAGCAUGCAACAGAACAGUCUCCUGCACAUGCAUUUAGGCAUCAUUCCUAACAUGCACCGAUUGCAAAUUCACUAUCCUAGCAACCAGCCCAUCCAAAGUCUGCAGCUUCUAAAGUUCAUUCGCGCCCCUACCUACAUCAAAUGUGCUAUUGAUCUUGCCAAAUACACAGAAAGCUUCCUAGAGGACGUAGACAUUCGUCGCAACAUCAUGUAUCAUAUUGAAAACAUGGAAGUUCCUAUUGAAGAGCUUAAAUUCGACUUCUUUAUUGAUCUGAUCGCUACCAAGCCCAUAGCCUUUUCUAGUGUGAGAUCAAAGGCUUGGAUUAAACUCUUCAGACAACAGGAUACACUUGACUUUCAGCUAAAUGGUGAUUUUGUUUCCACUAUCCGUUGGCUUGAAAACAACCCAACUAAGCUGUCCUGGAUCCUUGGCAUCAAGACUCUUAAAAUCCAAAUACAUCAGUUCGAUGGUUGCGUCAAUGAUCUUGCUCGCCAAAUCCGCAAUCUAUUCAAACAGCCAAUAAGCAACAUGGCUUUUGAAUUUAUUGAGGCAUCCUUCCCCUUCAUCGCUCCCGAAACUAAACCGGGGCAGGACGCUUCCGUAACUUUGCACAAUAUUGCCACCGACGAUACUAACUGGUUACAGAGUAUCUUCGGGGUCCAAGAAUAA